CGUCACACUACUGUCACUUUCUUAAAAAAUAUGAAAAAGAAAGUUGAUAGCUGAUAGCAGUUUGAUAGGGCUCUUGUUUUGUUUAAAUCGAAAAGUUAGACGUUAAUUAUUAAUUAAAGGACAUGACCACGUAAUUAUCAAAACGUUCUCACAUAUAAAAAGCAUAAAAUGACGACCGAAGAGAAAUUUAAUGCUGCUGUAAAUGUUAUUCGCAGUUUGCCGAAAAAUGGUUCAUAUCAACCCAGCAAUGAGCUCAUGUUACGUUUUUAUGCCUAUUUUAAACAGGCCACCCAGGGCCCAUGUUCUGGUUCCAGACCAGCCUUUUGGGAUAUUGUUGGACGUGCUAAAUAUGAUGCCUGGAAAAAGCUGGGAGAUAUGUCCAAAAAUGUAGCCAUGGCUAAAUACGUUGAUGAACUUCAUUCAAUUGUAGAAACCAUGAGUUAUUCAGAUAAGGUAGCAAACUUUUUGGAAGCACCUACAAAUGAGCUAGAUUCUAUAAAUUUUGACGACUUAGAACUGGUAGCAGGAGAUGUUUUACAACGUGUAAGAUCUUCUCCAAACUCUCCACUAGCUUCUAGAGAAGGAUCACCCAUAAAAAUACUAGCUAGUCUAUCUUCUUCACGUUCAGUUUCUCCUAAUAUACUCUCUGAAGAGUCUGAUGAUGAAUAUAUCGACACACAAGAGAAUCCAGAACCCAAAAGAAUGAUUCAGGAGCCCCCAGUCAUUUCAAAUGGAUAUGCAGGCCAUGUCAGUCAUAGACCUACACCUCAGAUAGUGUCAACUGAUAUUUCCCAAGAAAUAUCCAGAACUGUGAUGUGUUUAAAAGCUGAUCUUGAUAGGCUGAGUAGUCAGGUUAAAGCUUUAGAGCAAUCUCAAAAAGUCAAAAGAAAAAGUAUGAGUAAACAAUGGUUAAUUAUUAUGAUUAUAUGGCCAAUUAUAGCUAGCUAUAUUGUAAAUAAAAUGAUGAGAAAAGUGAAUUAAAAAAAUUAAUAAUGUGCAGUUAUAAUACAUAUAUCAGAAUGAUGUGGUGAUUGGAGCUAGUCAGGAGAUACAUAAAGGCAUUCAGAAACAAAGGAUGUAACUAUAAAAUAUUUCUUUAGGUAAUAUUAUGUUUUGUUUAGUCUCUUAUGGUUCAAAUUUUUUUUUAUGUACGCGUCUGGGAAUUAAAAUAAAAUGUCGAGUCGACAUUUAAGGUUUUAUCUUUGAUGUUAUUUUUAUAUUUUAAAUAAAUUUAUUUAUACAAAAUGUACUAUGUAUGUAUAUAUAGUGUGGUUCGGAAAUUAAAUAUGGUUUAUUUACAUAA